UUGCAGCAGUUUGAACUUUGAAUUUUUCCUCUGGAUGUGGUCAACUGGUCAAUGUUUUGUUAUUGUUUUGAGGUUUUAUUACUAAAUAUGUUGAUUUUUAAAUUGAAAGGCAAAUUGUAUGGGUUACCGUCCCUAUAAUUAGUCAAAGUGGUAUAAAUAUUGCAACAUGUUAAACAAAGUGCAGUAAGUUCUCAGCUGUUCUCACUGAAGGAAUUAACAUGUCAGAAAGUACCAUAACUCAACCAAAAACAUGGAGAGGCACAAGUAUAAAAGAUAUUUGUGGCGGCAAGGGCCCAUGGUCUUUCACGGUGACCCCCUUGAGUCCCUCAAAGUACCAUUCGGUCUUGUAUGAACUUCCUGCCACUUUAGAUGGCCCUCCGAUACCGAGGGUGUCGAAGGAACCCCAUUUGUGGCAUGAAGAUCACGUUCGGAUGCCUUUCUCUACAAAGAACUUGUUCUCAGUGGACGAAAUUAACAUAAAAGAAAGAUGGAAACUAAUUCAGGAUGCAUUGAAACAACCCAUCACCAAUAGUAAAGAGCUUGAAAGUGCUCUGAAAAAGUACAAUAGAACUUUACCGAAUUUUGGUGCUCUCCAUUAUUUUUUGCAUGAGGAGUUAGGUGAAGAAGAGUCAGAGCAGUUUUUCAAAAACCUUUUGCCAAACAUUAUCAGUUUGGCCUUAAGGCUUCCGGAAUUGUUACCCAGCGGGAUACCAUUGCUCAAGCAGAACCACAAUAGGUCUUUGAGCAUGUCCCAGCAGCAGGUUUCUUGUAUUUUAGCCAAUGCUUUUCUUUGUACUUUUCCAUGGAAGCAGAAUGUGGCUGCAAGUUAUCCUGGGGUUAAUUUUGUAAGCUUGUUUUCGGCAUUCCAAAGAGAAAAACGGAAAGAUUGCGUAUGCGAGAAGUUGAAGUGCAUCUGUAACUAUUUCAGGAGAGUCACUCAAAACGUUCCAUUGGGUACAAUCACCUUCGAACGAAAAUUCAUCCCGAGAAGCAACAUGCCCCGAUGGGACACCCUGAAGAAUAACUUGGGAAACACGAGAAUCCAUUUGGAUAGCGAGGGUACCAUCGAGGAGAACGGCCGGGGGUUUCUACAGGUCGAUUUCGCUAACAAAAAUAUUGGCGGGGGCGUAUUAGCAUACGGCUGCGUUCAGGAGGAAAUACGUUUCGCCAUUUGUCCCGAAUUGAUUGCCGCCAGAUUAUUCGUGGAACAAUUGGGAAACGGAGAGGCGGUGAUUAUUAUAGGUACCGAAAGAUUCAACAGUUACACCGGCUACGGCGACACGUUCGAAUGGUCCGGAGACUAUCGUGACGUCACUCCCCGGGACAUCUACGGUAGACUUCGCACUAGUGUUUGCGUCAUCGACGCCACCAUGUACCACAGACCGAAAGAACAGUUUUCCGGAUCGCAGAUGAUCCGCGAAUUAAAUAAGGCCUACGUGGGGUUCCAUAGUAGAGACCCUCCGCCCAUAGCCCCUGUCGCCACCGGAAAUUGGGGCUGCGGCGCCUUCAGGGGCAGUAAACAGUUGAAAAGUCUGAUCCAGUUGAUCGCGUGCGCCGCCGCCGGACGCGAUAUGGUUUAUUACUCUUUUGGGGAUACGCAAUUGGUCGAGGAGUUUUAUUAUGUUCAUUUGUUUUUUGGGAAUAACCAGAUUACCAUCGCUCAACUUUGGCGUUUGUUGGGGCAGUUCGCCAGUAAGAAUUUAUCGGAAGACAAACUGUUCUCGUUCAUUCAGCAGGCGCAUUUCGAGAGCAAAAACCAACCGAACAAAUCCAUCCAGACUAUAACGAAGUUUUUCACUAAAAAGACUUUGGACUCUCCUAGGAGUAGGAAUUCCUCCUCACCUUCCAAGGCUUCCCAAGAGAAACCGGUUAAUAACAACAAGAAAGAACCGGCGGAAAUUCCUAUGGACCUGGAAGAAAACGCAGUGGAAUCGUUGUCGCCGUGUAGCGACGACGUGGUCGAGUCCAGUCAACCGGAAGAGUCGCCGUAUUUCAAAAAACUGAUGGUCAAAGUACAGUCGAGCGCAAAGAAACGCUCCAUCGAGGAAAAAUUACCGAAAACCGACCUGUCGAGGAUCUUCGAGAUGUUGGAUGACGAAGGGAAUAAUUGCAAGGAAACGGGGGAGGAGCACCAAGUUCCCUUAACGGAAGUGAUAGUCCAUAGAAGUGAUGUAAAACAAUCGUGAUUUUUAUUUGUAAUAUACUCGUGUUAUACCGA